UUUGCAACAGCAUCAAAUCAUGGAGUCCUCACCACCACCACCACCCCAAGAAGAAGAAGAAGAGAACCUCCUUCUUCUUCAUCAACCACUCCUUCAAGAAAAGCCACUGUCAUCAAAUGCUCACCAAGGCAACCACCAACUCGAAGCUGUACUCUCAGACGAAAGCUUGUCACCGUUUAAACGCUUCCGAUUAGCUUCCUUGAUUGAACUCAAGAUGCUCUUCAAUCUUGCAGCCCCUGCUCUUGUCAUGUACAUAAUCAACUACUCCAUGUCCAUGUCUUCCCAGAUCUUCUCUGGUCACCUCGGUAACCUCGAGUACGCCGCCUGUUCCCUCGGCAACAACGGCAUCCAAAUCUUCACUUAUGGCCUCCUGCUGGGCAUGGGCAGCGCCGUUGAGACACUGUGUGGCCAAGCUUAUGGAGCAGGCAAGUACGAAAUGCUGGGGAUCUAUGUGCAGAGAUCAACUGUUCUACUCAUGGCAACUGGGAUUCCACUCAUGGUGAUCUAUACAUUCUCAAGGCCCAUAUUAAUCUUACUGGGUGAAUCCUCCACCAUUGCUUCUGCUGCUGCAGUGUACGUGUAUGGAUUGAUCCCUCAGAUAUUUGCAUACGCUGCCAACUUCCCUAUCCAGAAAUUCCUGCAGGCACAGAGCAUCGUUGCACCUAGUGCCUACAUAUCAUCAGCUACACUUGCAUUUCAUCUCUUAAUGACCUGGUUAGUGAUUUUCAAGCUUGGAUUGGGUCUUCUUGGUGCUUCUUUGGUGUUAAGCUUGUCAUGGUGGAUCAUUGUGGUGGGUCAGUUCUGUUACAUAGUGAUGAGUGGUAAGUGUAAGCAUACAUGGACUGGGUUCACCUUCAAAGCUUUCUCUGGGUUGCCGGAAUUCUUGAAAUUAUCAGCUUCGUCGGCGGUGAUGCUUUGCUUGGAAGCUUGGUAUUUUCAGAUACUUGUUUUGAUUGCUGGUUUGCUCAAGAACCCUGAAUUGGCUUUGGAUUCUCUUGCUGUCUGCAUGACAAUCAAUGGUUGUGUGUUCAUGGUUUCUGUUGGAUUCAACGCAGCUGCAAGUGUGAGGGUGAGCAAUGAGCUUGGAGCGGGACACCCAAAAUCGGCAGCAUUCGCAGUAGUGGUGGUAACAGGGUUGUCGUUGCUAAUAUCAGCCGUACUGGCCGCGGUGGUGAUGGCGUUACGUCAUGUCCUCAGCUAUGCUUUCACUAGCGGUGAGACCGUUGCCAAAGCUGUUUCUGAACUCUGCCCACUCCUCGCAGUCACUCUUGUCCUCAACGGUGUUCAACCCGUACUCUCUGGUGUGGCUGUUGGGUGUGGAUGGCAGACACUUGUGGCGUAUGUUAAUGUGGGAUGCUAUUACGUGGUUGGGAUUCCACUUGGGGCUCUUCUGGGCUUUAAGUUCGAUUUUGGUGCCAAGGGCAUAUGGUCAGGGAUGAUAGGUGGUACAGCAAUGCAGACACUUAUUUUAUUGUGGAUUACAUAUCGGACUGACUGGAACAAAGAGGUGGAGAAAGCUAUGAGACGCUUGGACGUAUGGGAAGACAAGGAAGAAACGCCCCCGAAGUAAUUACUGAGUUGAAGACUUUGAGAAAACAUUGAGAGGAAAUUAGUAGCAGCAGUGGAAGCAUGUCAAAGAUACUCUCAAAGCUGCUAACCACCGACCAUCGCUGGCUAGACCGGUCCAUCCAUCUCUGGUCCAGCCCUCUUUAGGCACUGGGCCCGGUUCAUCAUUAUUAAUUUUUUUUU